GAAUUAAUAUUAAUAUAUAAUGAAGAAAAAAGGAAAAGGUGAGAUGUGUAAGACUUUUUGUCCUCUUAAGCAUCACAUCAGCCAUUUUUUCUUACCUAUAAAUCAUUCUCUCCCUUCCAAGUAGUUUCCCAACAAUCUUACAACAAAACUUUCAUCAUCAUCAUCAAGAGAAUUAAACCUAAUUUGUGAGAGAUCUUAACAACAAAAGAUGGGAAGGGCUCCAUGUUGUGACAAGGCUAAUGUGAAGAAAGGACCUUGGUCUCCUGAAGAAGAUACUACUCUCAAAUCCUACAUUGAAACAAAUGGAACUGGUGGAAAUUGGAUUGCUCUUCCUCAAAAAAUUGGGCUCAAGAGAUGCGGAAAGAGUUGUAGACUUAGGUGGUUAAAUUACUUGAGACCUAAUAUAAAACAUGGUGGAUUUACUGAAGAAGAAGACAACAUUAUUUGCAGCCUUUACAUUAGCAUUGGAAGCAGGUGGUCCAUUAUUGCUGCUCAGUUACCUGGAAGAACUGAUAAUGAUAUAAAAAACUAUUGGAACACAAGAUUGAAGAAGAAAUUACUCGGGAAGCGUAAACAAUCGACGAAUAAUACUAAUAACAACAGCUUGAUGAUGAACCAAAAGGACACAGAUGAGAAUUCUUAUUCAAACUCAUUGAGUAGUUCAGCUCUUGAAAGACUUCAACUUCAUAUGCAACUUCAAACCCUUCAAAACCCUUUUGGUUUUUACAAUAAUAACCUUUCUGUAUGGCCAAAGUUGCAUCCUUCUCAGGAAAAAAUGAUCCAAAUUAGUCUCCAAAACUCUAAUAACAACACUAUGAUGCAAUUGCAAAGUGCUUUCCCUUCACCACAGGUUGAAUGUUUGGAGAAUAUUAGCAAUUCCGUUCCCUUCGACGCUUCUGAAAACAACGAUAAUAAUAAUAAUAAUCAUUAUGGUUCAAUGGAUGCUUCAAGUGUUGCACCAAUUAGAGGACAAGGUGUUGAGAAGAGUAGUAAUGAAGGAAUUCAGCGACUGGAAAAUGAGCUAGAUGAGAUUCUCAACAACAGAAACAUUAUUGCUACUACAAUGGAAGAUGAAUUUGAUUGUUUCAAAGAAAUGAACAAUAAUGGCUCAAAGGAUCAAAGCUUGAUUUGGUGGUCAAAUGAAUCAGGUGAUACUAAAUCAGGAUCGUCGAACUCGUGGGAUUCGUCGACGAAUCUUAUUCAAGAAGGGAUUUUCCAAGAUUAUGAACUAGGUUAUGGUUUGUAAUACUAAAAUUAAACAUAUGGAUAUUUAACUUUCUAAUUUGUUGUCUUGUUUGAUCAUAAGAAUGAUGAGUUGUAACUGCAGGUCUUGUAA